CUACAGUUGUUCUCAACGUUUAACCUUUACCGCAGUAUAAUCUUAUUCGCAUUACAAUGGCAAAUAUCAGUUAUUUCUUUAUUAUUUUAUCGGUCUGUGUUGCCUGUACAUUUCAAUAUGGUGGUCCAGAUAUAUACAAAAGAGAUAACAUAAUUAUUUAUCAAGAAAAUUUAAGAACGGGCUUUUUCAAGUUUGUAGAAGAAGAUGGCGUAAAUCCGUAUGACAGAGGCUUAGAUGUGGCGUUUAUUAUGGUACCAAAUUCACCUGGCUACAGAAAACUUGUCCAAACCAUUAACGAUUUAGGAAUAUAUGACGAAGAUAUAUACAAAACCGAAUUCACCUUUCAACCAAGUUUUCUGGAAUUUGAUAAUAUAUUUAUACCAGGAGGACGCAAAAAUUCUAGAAAUUAAUCGUAUUUUAUAGAUUUUGAAACAUUAUGAUUAUAUUUUUAUAUUACUAUCAUUUAAGUUUUGUUUCUUUUUAAUUCCAAGAA